AGUUAUUCUCUCCCUUCAUUCCACUAACCUAGUACGUCUUGAUAUUAUGUUGAAUUAAUGACUAUCGCCCUGGUUCCUGUGACUCAUCAUUGUGUGCUCUAUCUCCGAUCUAAAAUUCCCGAUACGCGAAUUUGACUAGACGGUCGUCUUGCGAACAAUGAUAAUGAGUGCCUAACCAUUCAGUGGUCUGUGACGUGACUCUAUUCAUAUAUUCGUCGGGAGACACCACGCGGGCUUCCAUUCAAGAGUGCUCGAACCCGGUCUUGUUAAAAUUAUUGUGUGUUAAACUGUAAAUGUUGUGCUAAGUGGAUUGCCUUGCGCCGUGGUGUGACAGCAGUGACCAGAAUAUAAUGGGAUGACAGCAAAUACGGAUUCAUGGAAAAGGUUUGGCGUCGAGUCGGUCUCCAUUCCUCCCGCAAGAAAAGGGAUGGAAGUGGGACUAGCAGGGAAGUGACGUCAUCGGCUCCGCAAGAAGCCGAGUACCAGAACAUCCAUACAUUAAGAACAGCUGAUUUGAUACGUCAGCGUCAGGGAGAGGAGAAGUCGACGCUUCGUUCGUCGUAUAUUAUACGGAACGGUGACAAUUUUAUUCUCGUCGAGAGACGCAGACGUAGGCGUCGAAGGAGUGGAACCAGGGCAUCAUCAGGCGGGCGGCAUCAUACUCCUCCCGUUGAGGAGACGAACACCCGUACCGAACAAAAGCGCCGCCCACCCGCCAAGUUGAAAAUAUUUGGCAUUCAAUGGCCUUUACAUUCAAGUGAUUCGAGGCACACUUCGAUCACCCGCCGUUUCUGCCGCGGGCGGCGGUCGCGCGAGGACAACGAACUUUACCGUUCGAACAGUUUCAAGUUCGAGAGGUUCGCCCGCGAACCGCCGGCGGAAGAGUUCACCACUAGCUCACAGGCUGCGUUGUGUGCAGACUACAGCGUUCCCGUUGACUGCGUGUCCGCUGGCCCUGCGCCCCGUCCGAGCUCCUUCCACGAGAUAUCCGCUCCUAAAGUUGAAUUUCUAGAGGCAUAUUGCACACCUCGAGACACAGCGCGCAGAUCUCCACAACACAAGCGUCGCUCUCGAGAACCACGUCGUUCACCUGACACCAGAUGGCGAAACGAUUCCCGUAGACAAAACUACGAUUUUGAAAGACGACCAUACGAAUACGAAUCAAGGAGAUACUUUGGAAGGGAAUACGACGCAGAUUCAGGAAGGCGGCCAUUUGACGCUGAGUCAGCGCGAAGGCGCGCGGAUUACGAAUCAGCCAGAAGGACAGACUUUGAUUUGUCAGCUCCUGAAUCGCGUAGAAGAAGUCCUGAGAGCGCGCCCGAAGGUUCUGCAGACUCCCCACCAGAGCCAGCGCCUUCUGCUCCUUUGAGACAGGAACGACAGUCGAGACAUCGGUCACAGCAAUAUUACGAGUCUGAAUCAUCUACAGACGACCGGUCGUCCUCAACAGAAGAAGAAGAGGAAGAAGACGAGUUCGGUGAAUUCGAUCCAUUUGCAACAGCACCGUCCUUGCAUUCGCCUGACAGUGGACGUUCUGAUCCACGUUACGCAAACGCUCCUCGCAGAAAUCCCAGUCCAUAUUAUUACGGCGAUUUGUUUAAAACUGCACCGCCCCCACCUGCACCUUCAGCCCCAGCAGCAUCCUCGACGUCAUCUUCACGAGGAACGCGCUACAGAAAAUCGGCUAGUCUUGACGCCCCACACGUUGCUCAAAGACCAAACCUGCCAAAACGCUUUUCAGUGGCUGAAGAUGGCUUUCGUGAGCUAGAGCGAUCGUCAUCUUCGUCUGGAGAGAGCGCGUGGAUGCCGCCGAGGCGUCGUGGGCGCGACGCGGCCGGCUGCGCGUGCGCCGCGCCCGAAGAUGUAGACGAGCACCGUCCAUCUCGUAGCGUAUUUUAUGUGCCGGCGCCUUUGCCACGCUGGCCACAAGAGAUGACCACUCGACAGAUAUAUGAGACCGCUUUUGACUGCAAAAUCGCACGCUCCGACGAUGAUUUGGAUGAUUUUGACCGCGUUAGUAAUCAUCCGGCCUUGUUACAAGCCGAAGAGCGUAAAGUUAUAUCAUCAGCAGCAUCAGCUUUUGAAGCAGUUGAGCGGAGUGAACCAGACUACAAAGGACGCCGCAAGGUGACUAUGAAAACAGAUAGCGUUCGGCGCUCAAAGAUACCAACUAUCCGACAGAAAAGGGAAAGUGAAAAUAACGCAUUAGCAUUAUCAGAAGACUUAGAAAAAGUUCAUAUAGAUGAUGAAGAGCGAACAGCGUCAACAUCGCAACUUCCUUUCCGCGGCUAUACUCCAUCUCCGCCAUCAACAGCGCCUUUACCCACAAAAUUUCAACAGAAAGAUGGAUCUGCCAUGAAUAGUAUAAAAAGCGCCCCAAAUUUGCCUCAGUCGCAACCAGCUCACCCACGUCUGAAAGACUUAAGAUUACCUGUAAAAUCACUCAGGGCUCGAGACACGCCUACAAGUAGUGACGCUAGUAUGACUGAUGUAAAAGCGUCUGUUUCUACUGAAUUAGAUGUUGGACAACGUCUACGAGAUUCAAGUCGGGAAUCACGUGAUGGUGAUGAUGAAAGAGGGCAAUCAAAGGACGGUAUUUUUUUAGAGAUUAAGGGUCGACCCACUUCCGAUUCAGACACACCAGAGUUGAAUCGGUACACGGGGCCAAAGGGGGUCGGCCCUAUAAUGGAGUUUAAAGGCAGGCCCGGUAUAGCUCGCCCUAGACGAAAGUAUUCGAGCACUGAGAGCAUGGCUACAAGUAGCAGCGGAGGAAGUAUGGAAUCACUAAGAAGUAGCAAUAGUGAAGGUGAUAGAAGCAGCAGUAGCUCUGAUGGUCGACAUUCCUCUUCGCUAAGCUCGCACAGCUCGGAUUCUGGCAACGUUCCUUUUGCUAAAUCACACCAUAUGCAAUUAACGGGGUUUGGGCAUCAUCCGGCUAAACUGCACAUUUUAAGCCCUAUAUCUGAUAAAUCUUCACAAGAACCAGCAUCGGAAACAUCUGACAAUAAUAAGAAUAAUAAUUCACAAAAAGUUUCUCCGGAAGACGUAGAUACGGGAAAUACUACGAUCCAAACAACUGUAGAAAUUGUUCAGAAACCUAAACGUCGUGCAUUACAAAAUAGGAAUUUAUUGAACCUUACUUUUAGACAUUCAACACCAGGUGAUACAGAGAUUCAAGGGUCGGAUAGUGGUAUAUCAAUACACUCUAGAGAGGGUGUUGAUUCCAGGAAUGCUUUCAUAAAUUUUAAGAACAGCAAUACUGAGGAAGCACGUAAAGAUGAAGACGUGGAUCUUUCAGAUCUACCAUUUGAUAUGCCAAAACUUCGUAGACGACGGGCUGAGGCUGAAGUUGAUCUACGAACCUUGCCAUUUGAUAUGCCAAAACUGCGAAGAAAGUUACGCGGCCAGUCCCUACAGUUAAAUAAUGAUUUCGGCGAAGCUAUAUCUAACGCUUCAUCGAGUCAAAGCGUACAAGACGUAAAUCAAGAUAAGCAUCGUGAGAAGCUUACAUUAAAUUUCAACAGUGGCAGCAGUGGAUCAAGCGGUUCUAAGGGAUUGCACUUAAACUUGGGACCCAUAGCACCACCACGAGAUUUAGUUGAUGCGUCUCUUCCACUUGACCGACAAGGGUGGUAUCAUGGAACGUUGUCGCGCAUAGAAGCUGAAAGUUUGCUCAGAGAUGCAGAGGAAGGAGCUUUCUUGGUUAGGAAUAGCGAAUCUGCUAAACACGAUUACUCGCUUAGUUUGAAGUCUACCCGUGGUUUUAUGCACAUGCGUAUAUGUCGUGGAGGUGAUGGAUAUACUUUGGGAGGGGCCUCGACUGCAUUUCCCACAGUGCCUGCUUUAAUGAGACAUUAUGUUACGGCUCAAAGGCUGCCGGUCAGGGGCGCGGAACAUAUGGCUCUGUCGACUCCACUGCCUGCCGUCAUGCUUUGAAAACAGAAGGAGACUGUGGACAUCGUCCACCGUGUUUCUUCUGACACGCAAUCGACUUAUUGGCGAUUGCUUGAGUCGCUUGAGUUCAUCUUGCCAAAGCCUGGAGAAUUGAAAGCCUUCGGGUUGGAGGAGGAAAAAUCGCCAAUGAUUUUAUUUGCGUCCGCUAUCAGGUUUCAGUUAGCAUCGCAUUCAGACGGGUGUAAAUAUUGAAGCAAGUUUUCGUUUAGAAAUUUUUGAUACAUUAGCAAUUGUAUGUGUAUCUCUGUAUAGUUUUAGCGUCCAGUGAAUAAUACCAAAGAGUUUUAGGAUAUGUUUAGCUAUUUUAAGGGGCUUUUGUAUUUUAACCGCUCGGAUUACACUCUUUCUUAUUAUGCUAGUCCAUACACCGCAGCAACCUGUAUUCUUAAAUAAUUUAUUAGUGAAUGUAAUCGACUUAUUUAUUUCAUAUUCAUAUUAUUAUAGUUAUUAUCAGAACGUUGUUUUGUUAUCGCUUGCUAUUAAUUCAUUACAAUCAUACUAAGAUGUGUAAACAUCCAUUUAUGUGUUUAUUUAUUGACGUAAGUGAUAAGUUCGUGAUGUAACCACAAGCAAAUUUAUGUAUUUUUAUGUGUUUUAUGUACAUAAUUUGGGGCCUAAUUAUAUUACUGGGCUUGGUUUGGCGGGUUCGAUAAAUAAGUACCGUUCAUGCACAAAAAUCAGAACAAUAUCUGAUUUACACUAACUGAAAACAAUAUAGUCCACAUAGUCCGUUCGUUGACUUAAAUAGUAUUAAAGUGGUAGUGAUUCAUCGUUUUCAAGGCGGUCACGAAUACCGUAUCGAUUUUAAGCAAGGUACAAACUGGUACACGCAUUGUGACAGACCUUUAACUAUUUAUACCGUAAUAGACUAAGGAAUUUUCAUUUUUGCACCGUAGUUAUUAACUAGUUUUUCAUCCACGAAAUAAAAUAUUGAGCUUAGAUUAAGAAUACAACUAAAAUACAUCGUUUAAUUUAUUCAUUGCAAAUCCUUUGAGACGCCAGAUUGCAAUUCUCCGAAGAAUACGUCGCAGUCACAACCAAUCAUCGCCAUACUUGAUGUCACGAUAUACAGAAGUAACGGUGGGCGUUAUAAUUAUAUAAAAAAUAACCGUAGUUAUCUGUUAUGGCACAUAAUGUAUGCGUAAGUAAGAUCAUAGAAAGAUUGCACAUGUUAUGUAACAGUCACUUUGACUUAUUUAUAUUUUUUGUUACAUUAGAUGUAAGUAGAAAUACCUAUUUAUGGGCCUUGUGUUAUGAGGUUUUCAUUUGGAAAAUAUGGUCCAAUUCAGAUACUUCAUUGUCGCAUUUAAGGUUAGAAAAAUAAUUUGUUUAGAUAUUAAAAUAAUUAAUUUUCUGUGAUUUAGUUUGAUAUAAUGUUUGUAAACGCCAAAAACUGAAAUAAAUCUAUGUGUACGCAUGUAAUAUGAGUUAUUUCAAUGAAUUCUUAAAUUGAUUCAGAGGUUUAAUCAAUAAGAAAUGCAACGUGAUCUCAAAAUCUUCCUCUACUGUUCAGUUACCUUAGAUUUAAUUUUGAUUAAUUUGUACCUGAUUUUGACUAACACUUGUUUGAGACUUAAAAUACGUUUUAACAAUUUUGUUACGUGUAUAACAAUAUAUUUAGGUGUAAUAGUAGUUUUAUAUGGGAACGAGCGAAUUUUUAUGUAUGUGAGACAUUUUAAUAUGUACUAAACCACCGCAAAGCAGCUUCUGCAAGCGUGCAACUAAUUUUAAUAUUUAAUGUACGAUUUUAUUACUAAGCAACUGCGUAGGCGAUGUACAAUAAAAAUUAAUGCGUUUUCCAUGUUCCAAACUGGAAAACCUAACUAUAUGGAUUGCAAAUAAACAUUAACAAAUUCUAUAAUGACAAUUUAAAUAGACUACAUAUCAAGUAUUUUUCUUAGAAUUUGUUAAAUUACCAUCUUACAGAGUACUUUUUCAUAAUAUUAUGUUUACCACCAAAGCUCGAUUGAAACAUAAAAAUUCUGUUCAUCAUUCAGAACAAGAGUUAUUCUUUUAAACUUGAAUGAAUAAUAAUUUAUUAUUGUAUAUCGCAUACAAUUAUCCGUUUAAUAUUUAACGUAGUAAGUAUGUAAUGGAAUGUAAUGAUAGCGUGGAAAUUUCUGGAAGUCUUAAAACGUGUCAAAAUUUUUCAUAAAACGAUAGGUUUUGGUCAAAUGUUAGGUAAUGUUAUAGCUUAUCGUAGUUAUAAUCAAAUAUAAUUUUGAAGGUGUAGUUUGAAAUAAAUGACGUAAUAAAAGUCUUGAAAAAUA